AUGAUCUACCCUCAGAUUCUCCUCGGCCUCGUCGCCUCGGUCUCGGCCAUCGACGCCUACUUCCACCUGGGCCAGAACUGUGACGGCCCGAGCAUCCUCUGCACCAACCUGAACCCGGGCGUGUGCUGCACGGCGUCCGCGAGCAACACCGUCGGGUACCGCGGCAUUCCGACCGACUGGGUGAUCACGGCCGAGGCCUUCACCGGGGGCGGCUGCAAGAACUUCUCGGCCCGCGGGAGGGCCCAGAACACAAACUUUAUCUGCAUCUAUCCGGCUCCCGGCGGCGGGCCCUUUACGGGCACCAAGUAUUCCUUCACUAGUAGGAAGCGAGACGGUGUGGAGGGCACAUGCGCGGCUGCCGAAGAAGCUGCGGGCAAGUGCUCUUCGUCGCAGAAGCCAAAUGAGUUACAUCUUGCGGAUGGGACCAAGUACAACAUUGUGGACUUGAAGCAUGAUCUUCUCGAAGAAUUGUAA